AUGGAGAUAUCUUCAGGGGGCGAGGAGCUGUGGAUUAGGGUGGUGAGGUCUAUCCACGGGGAGGUGGGGAAUGGUAGGGAUACGAAAUUCUGGGUUGACAGGUGGGUGGGAGGAAAACCUUUGAGUUUUGCUUUCCCUAGACUCUUUCGGCUUUGUGAAAAUAUGAAUGCAUCUAUUGAAGAGUCGGGAAGGUGGGAGAAUGGGAGUUGGUUGUGGGAGCUUAAGUGGAGAAGGGAGUUAUUUGAUUGGGAGAAAGGGCUUCUUGAUGACUUGAUUAGGUGUAUCUCUGUUGGGUCUCCUUGUUCAGGUAUGAGCGACGAGUGGAGAUGGAAAGCGUCAAAGAAUGGGAAGUUUACGACUAAUUCGGCUUAUCAAAUCAUCGCAGCAAGCAGAGGAGAUUCACAUUCUAACCAACUGUCACAUGAGGUGUUAGCAAAGGUUUGGGAUGCGCCGGCUCCACACAAGGUGAAGGUGACAGCAUGGAGGUGCUUGAGGAAUAGACUUGCUACUUGUUGCAAUCUUUCCAAGAGACACGUUGAUCUUUCGGUCGAAGAAGCUUGGUGCAACUCCUGUAUUUUGAUAGAGGAGACAAAUGAACAUCUCUUCCUUACAUGUGGGAAAUCUGAACUGAUCUGGGAUGCCAUCCAAAAAUGGAUUGGCAUCAGCACAGCAAGACCAAAAGGUGUGGUGCAGCAUUUCUUGAUGUUCAGCCAUCUGGGAAGAGUUUCGAGACUUGGUGCUCUCCGGUUUUUUCUCUUUCUUCUUGUAUUAACUUUUAGGUACUUCUGGUACCAGCUUCAUGCUUAA